AUGGCUCACCACACUGAAAGCGACCCCGAUAACAAUCGCAGGAUAAAAGUCACAUUUCUCUCUACCGGCACUGUGAAGAUCCGACCGUCGAUGCGCUCUCAACCAGCCAACUCCCACAUGCUCCUGCGUCGUCUACGAUCCCUGACAGACUGGGGUUGGACCGACGCGCUACCCGUUGGGGUCUUCCUGGUGCAGCAUCCGCAAGGCCCUAUCCUGUUUGACACCGGGCAGAGUCCGUUGUGCAAUGAGCCCGGGUAUUUCCCAUGGUGGAACAUGGCAGGAAACUCACUUGCAAAGUUCUCCGUGCCUCCCGAAGAGGGCCUUCUAGCGCAGCUGCGGGCACAAGGUGUGGAUCCUGUACAGCUCCAGGCGAUUGUGCUCUCGCAUCUACAUAACGAUCAUACGGGAGGAUUGAAGGAGGUUCAUGAGGCUGCUCCCAACGUGCCUAUUUAUGUUAGUGAGCAGCAGUGGAGAGUAUUUGGGGAGCAUCCGUUCCAUGCUGCGGUGGAGGGGUGUGUGCCCUCGCAGUGGCCAGAGAACUUCAACCCGAAAUUACUGGAAGAAAAGGAUAUUCCUGUUGGGCCGUGGGCAACAUCCUACCCGGUGACGGCGGAUGGAAAGGUGAUCGCUGUUGAUACUGCAGGUCAUGUUCCGGGGCAUGUUUCACUGGUGGUGUAUGGGGAGAACGACGAUGGCGCCAAGGUCACCUACUUUCUAACUGGGGACGCGGUCUAUGGCCUGGAUCUUCUUGAUAUCGAACAACCAGAUGGAAUCAACUCUGAUCCUCAGCGAGCGUUGAAAAGCCUUAAGUUGAUCAAACAGUUCGCAGCCGAGAAUGAAGUGGUGGUCUUGCCCUCCCAUGAUGUGAACACGGCACAAAUACUAGUCAACAGUACAGUAUAUAAGCCUAAAUAA